UUCUAUAAUCUAUAAUCAGGGAUGCACAUAAGUGGUGCGCAUGUGUACAUUGAAAAAUAAGAAAUGCACUGGGUAAAUAAGUUCAGACCACUCAUUUGUGUAUCGACUAACUGUAAUAAUAUACAAGAUUUAUGUUAACACUUAAAGCAUAAAUCUUUAUCAGCGCCAAUAGCCUUGUGGGCAGUGCUCCGACAUACAGCGCCGUUGUGCUACAGGUGUCCAGAGUUUGAAGGACCUUUCCAGAUCCCGCCCCCCAUCUCUCUCCCAAUUCACUUCCUGUCAACUCUAAAAUUCUCCUAUCACAAUUAAAGGCAGAAUUGCCAAAAAUAAACCUAGGCUACAGUACAUGCUUCCAGUUUCAGAGCAAAAUGCAAAACUGACAUGUCAUUCACUGAUGAGAUUCACUCAGCAGCACUAAAACCAGCAGCGCAUUAUCUUGCCAAAAUACUUGCUUAACCCAGAUUUAUAAAACCUUGAUGAUUUUAGGUAUGAUAACAAUAAAAAAUUAUGUUUUAUUAACAAAGUUCUGGAGGAGCAUGUUAAGCUAACAAACCUAAUUAUUAAGAAAUGAGCACAUUCAGUAGUUAACUCAAUUAACAAUAUAAGAGGUAUAUAUAUGUACAGUAGACACAACAGACUUAUCUAUGUUCCUUGACAGUUUUCCAGCAUUUCUUUGCCAGUAUGUCACAGAAAUAACUUUUCCCACCCAAUGACGUGCCGGAUUUUUCUUCGCCGCCCAGCUUGGUCAGCUAAGCCUACCCUCACCUCCUCCAGCGAGACUUCCAACCAGCCUUCUAUAGUUCGGCCGUGCCAACAAUUCCCCCUAUUGAAAAGUGGACAGUAUUAAGCAUAAAUCCUGGCAGGAGCUCGAGGACACAAGCAUCUCUUUGAUGAAGAAAGAGCUGAGAAGAUUUGAGAAACUGCUGAACCCAGAUUUCUCUGCAUCCUCUGUGAGAGAGGAGGAGGAGGAGGAUGAAGGGCAGGGCCGAGUGAGCGAGGCAGUUAUGAGGAUUAUGCUUCAUGUCCUGCGGAAGAUGAACCAGCCAGACCUCGCUAACACACUACAGAUCAGGUUGAUCUCAGUGAGUCAACAACAACUGAAAUCAAGACUGAAGCAGAAAUUUCAGAAAAUCAGUGAAGGAGUCUCAAAUCAAGGGAAUUCAACACUUCUGAAUGAGAUCUACACAGAGCUUUACAUCACAGAGGGAGGGAUUGGCGACAUCAACAAUGAGCAUGAGGUGAGAUGGAUUGAGACCUCAUUGUCCAGAGGUCGAGAGACUCAGGAAACUCCAAUCAAAUGUAAUGACAUCUUCAGAUCCUUACCUGGACAAGACGAACCCAUCAGAAUGGUGCUGACCAAAGGUGUUGCCGGAAUAGGAAAAACCGCUUCAGUGCACAAGUUUGUUCUGGACUGGGCUGAAGGAAAAGCUAAUCAGGACGUUCACUUCAUCUUUCCGCUUCCUUUCAGAGACCUGAAUUUGAUGAAGGAGAAAAAGAUGAGUCUGAUGGAGCUUCUUUGCUGUUUUUUCACAGAACUGAAACCUAUAGAAUAUAAUGACUAUAAAACUAUCUUUAUUUUCGAUGGUCUGGAUGAGUGGCGUCUUCCUCUGGAUUUCCAGAACAAUGAAAUUUUGUGGGAUGUGACCAAAUCGGCCUCUGUGGAUGUGCUACUGACCAACCUCAUUAAGGGGAACCUCCUUCCGUCUGCUCUCAUCUGGAUCACUGCUCGACCGGCGGCAACAAAUCAGAUCCCUGCAGAGUUUGUCGACCGGGUCACAGAGGUACAUGGGUUCAGAAACCCUCAAAAGGCUGAGUAUUUUCUGAGAAAAAUAAAAGAUCACAAUCUGGCCAAUAGGAUCGUCAGACACAUCCAAUCAACGAGGAGCCUUUACAUCAUGUGCCACAUCCCAGUGUUCUGCUGGAUCUCUGCCACUGUUCUAGAGAAAAUGUUGGGUGAAGCAAAGAGUGCAGAGAUUCCCAAGACCCUUACUCAAAUGUUUGCACACCUCCUGAUUGUUCAGACCAAACUGAAGACCCAAAAGUAUGACGGGAAAUGUGAAGUAGAUCUUGAGCAGGCCAGAAAGAGCAUCCUGUCACUUGGGAAACUGGCUUUUCAACAGCUGGAAAGAGGCAACCUGGUCUUCUACUUGAAACAGUGCGACAUUGAUGUCCGAGAAGCAUCCAUGUACUCUGGAGUUUGUACCCAGAUCUUUAAAGAAGAGUUUGGUCUAAAGCUGGACAAGGUGUAUAGCUUUGUGCAUCUGAGUGUUCAAGAGUUUUUCGCUGCCUUGUUUAAGUUCCUUUCCUUUGCUCGGGAGAAUAAGAAGUCCUCAAUGACAGGUUUUCUGAAGCGUGAAGUGGACAGGUCCUUGCAGAGCGAGAAUGGACACCUGGAUCUCUUUCUUCGUUUUCUGCUGGGGCUUUCGCUGAAGUCCAAUCAGACUCUACUACGGGAAUUUUUCACAAUGACGAGAAGCUCCCAGGAUCCAUGUGAAAUUAUUGAGUACAUUAAGAGUAAAAUUAGAGAGAAUCCCUCUCCAGAGAAGUCCAUCAAUCUGUUUCACUGCCUAAAUGAGCUGAAUGACCAGUCUCUGGUGCAGGAGGUCCAAACGUACCUGAACAGUAGAGGCACCCAUCGCCUCUCUGGAGUCAAACUCUCUCCAGCCCAGUGGUCAGCUCUCGUGUUUGUGCUGCUGAACUCUGCAGAAGACCUGGAUAAGUUUGAGCUGAGGCAAUAUGAGCUGUCGGAGGAGUGUCUUUUGAGGCUGCAGCCGGUGAUCAAAGCUUGCAGAAAAGUAGAUCUGAAGGGCUGUAAUCUCACAGAUCACAUCUGUUCAGCCCUGGCCUCCGCUCUCAGCUCGAUCUCCUCCAGUGUAAGAAAGCUGGACCUCAGUGACAACAACCUCCAGGUGUCAGGAGCACAGCUUCUCUCUGCAGGACUGAAGAGUCCUCACUGUAAACUGGAGAUACUGAAGUUGUGUAACUGCAAUAUUAGAAAGGAAGGCUGUGCUGCUCUGGUUUCUGCUCUUAUAUCAAACCCGUCACAUCUGAGAGAACUGAGUCUGAACUCCAAUAAACUAGGAAAUUCAUCAGUGGAGCUUUUGUCUAAACUACUGGAAGAUCCACACUGUAAACUAGAGAAACUACAGCUGUAUGACUGCAGUAUUGGAGAGGAAGGUUGUGCUGCUCUUGCUUUAUCGCUGAUAUCAAACCCGUCUCAUCUGAGAGAACUCAAUCUGAACAAUAAUGAGUCAGGAGAUUCAGGAGUGAAGCUUCUCUCUGAUCUACUGAAAGAUCAACACUGCAAACUAGAGAAACUACAGCUUGAUGACAACAGAAUUGGAGAGGAAUGUUUUGCAGUUCUGGUUUCAUCUUUUAUAUCAAACCCAUCACAUCUAAGAGAACUCAGUGUGAGCUGGAACAAACCUGGUGACUCAGGAGUGAGGCUUUUGUCUGACCUUCUGAAAGACUCAAACUGUAAACUGGAGAAACUACAGUUGGAGUGCUGCAGUAUUGGAGAGGAAGGUUGUGCCGCUCUGGCUUUAGCUCUGACAUCAAACCCCUCUCAUCUGAGAGAGCUCAAUCUGAACUACAACGAACCAGGAGGCUUAGGAGUGAAGCAUCUGUCUGAUCUACUGAGGGAUUCACGCUGUAAACUGGAGAAACUAAAGCUGGAAUGCAGUGGUAUUGGUAAGGAAAAUUGUGCUGCUUUGGUCUCAUCUCUUAUAUCAAACCCGUCUCAUCUGAGAGAGUUCAAUCUGAGCUGGAACAAACCAGGAGAUUCAGGAGUGCAACUUUUGUCUGAUCUACUGAAGAACCAACACUGCAAACUGGAGAAACUAAAGCUGUAUGACUGCAGUAUUGGAGAGGAAGGUUGUGCUGCUCUUGCUUUAGCGCUGAUAUCAAACCCGUCUCAUCUGAGAGAACUCAAUCUAAACAAUAAUGAGCUGGGAGAUUCAGGAGUGAAGCUUCUCUCUGAUCUACUGAAGGAUCCACACUGCAAACUAGAGAAACUACAGCUGGAAUACUGCAGCAUUGCUAAGAAAGGUUUUGCUGCUCUGUUAUCGGGUCUGAAAUUGAACCCGUCACACCUGAGGGAACUCAAUCUGAGCAGGAACGAACCGGGAGACUCUGGAGCGAAGAGUCUGUCUGACCUCCUGAAGCAUCCACAGUGUGAACUUGAGAAACUAGAGCUUGAUGACUGCAGUAUUGGUGAGGAAGGUUUUGCUGCUCUGGUUUCAGGUCUGAUAUCAAACCCGUCACACAUCAGAGAACUCAAUCUGAACUCCAGUAAACCAGUUUACUCAGGAGUGAAUCUGCUCUGUGAUCUACUGAGAGAUCAGCGCUGCAAAUUGAAGAAACUACAGCUGGAGUGCUGCGGCUUUGGGGAAGAAGGUUGUGCUGCUCUGGCUUUAGCACUAAAAUCAAAUCCCUCUCAUCUGAGAGAACUCAAUCUGAACUACAACGAACCAGGAGACGCGGGAGUGAAGCUUCUGUCUAUUCUUCUGAUGAAUCCCCACUGUAAACUGGAGAAACUAGAGUUGUCUCACUGCAGUAUUACAGAGAGCAGCUGUGCUGUUCUGAGAUCAGCUCUGAGUUCAAACCCUUCACACUUGAGGGAACUCAAUCUGAACUACAACCAGAACAUUCCACAUUGACACUGUUUUCCGAUCAACUGGAUCCACUGAAAAGUCAAACCAAAUAUAGCUAUAAACUAGAUAAACUAUAUCUAAAUUUCUCAGUUUGUGUAGAUCCAUAUGGGGUUCAGAGUAUAAUUUUUUAUUCACAAUAAUUUCACACUUAUCUCAUACAAAUAUGUCACUUUGUUUCAUAAUUAUGGUUUAUACAUUUUUCUUUAUGUAUUCCAAAAGAAUGGAAGUGAAAUGUAACAAUAUGCCACAUAGGUGGAGUACAUUGUAACAUCUGAGGGGCACAUUGUAACAUAAUCCUAUGACAGCUUAAAAUGUUA